UUAUUUUCCCUGUCCCUGCCGACGAUCAGUUCUCGCGGACGGCACUCCUCUUUUCGUCAUCGUCCCGAGUCUUCUCUCUGCUCCUGCCGGCGAUUCUCGUGGAAACAGUGAAACACACAUGAUGGGGAUCCAGCCGAACCUGCUGAACCAGCUGGUGUCGCUCCUCCUCGGGGCGUCCGUCGCCGGGGUGCUCAUCUUCUUCAUGUCCUCGGACGGGAUCGGCGCCGGGCCGUCCACGCCCGGCAUAUCCAGCUGGGUCAAUGAAACCAUGGCGGUGCCGGUCGCUCCUGCGCACGAGGCUAACCACACGAGCGCAAGCAAGGUCGACGGCGUUGCCUCCCCGCAGGAGGCCAACCACAACACUAGCCAGGCGGCGGGGGACGAGCUGGAGCGGCUGCUGCGGACGGUGGCGGACGAGCACAAGACGGUGAUCAUGACGUCGGUGAACGAGGCGUGGGCGGCGGAGGGCUCGCUGCUGGACCUCUUGCUCGAGAGCUUCCGCGCCGGGGAGCGGAUCGCGCACUUCGUGGACCACCUCCUCGUCGUGGCCCUCGACGCCGGGGCGCUGGAGCGGUGCCGGGCCGUGCACCCGCACUGCUACCUCCUGCCGCCCCUGGCCGGCGGCAAGGACCUCUCGGAGGAGAAGGUGUUCAUGAGCAAGGACUACCUCGACCUGGUGUGGAGCAAGGUCCGGCUGCAGCAGAGGAUCCUCGAGCUCGGCUACAACUUCCUCUUCACGGAUGUGGACAUUAUGUGGUUCCGCAACCCAUUCGAGCGGAUGUCGGUGGCGGCGCACAUGGUGACCUCAUCGGACUUCUACUUCGGUGACCCAUACAGCCCCGUGAACGCCCCCAACACGGGGUUCCUGUACGUGAGGUCGAGUGCGCGCAUGGUGGGCGUCUUUGAGGCAUGGCAAGCUGCGAGGCUGUCCUUCCCGGGGAAGCACGAGCAGCAGGUGUUCAACGAGAUCAAGUUCGAGCUGGUCGACAAGCGCGGGCUUCGGGUGCAGUUCCUCGACACGGUGCACAACGCCGGGUUCUGCAACAACACCCGGGACUUCAACACGCUCUACACCAUGCACGCCAACUGCUGCGUCGGCCUCGCCGCCAAGCUCCACGACCUCGGGAACCUGAUGAAGGAGUGGCGCGCGUACAUGGGGAUGGACGACGCACAGCGCCAGCGCGGCCCCGUGCGGUGGAAGGUCCCUGGGAUAUGCUUAAUAGCAAUGCACAUGUAGUCGACCAUUUUUGUUUAUUUUUGUUUGAGAUGUACAAAUGUGUCUGCAGUUGUGCGUAAGACAAGAUCAAGGUUUAUGUCGUCAACUCGUAGUUUGCUCAGAAGGUUUGAGUGUUCAUGUCGCGUCAAGAGAAUGCAAAUCCAUGAAUAGUGUACGACGCAUGAUCUUGAAACCCAAGCGAGUGAUAGUAUGAGAUGCCCCCA